GAUUUCCAUGUCAGGUACAUAUGCGCCUCAACGGUUGGUCACUCCUUUGACUUCAAGAGCGAAGUAACGACGAAUCAUUCCUGUCGUACAAGAAACACAGCACGUGGAGCUUUUGUCUCUUCCACCCAAAAGUCUCAUGCGCGCCAUCCCCGAGCGCCUGUCACAUCUACAAUGGCAACAUCAGAUGUCGCUCCUCAUUUUGGAGCAGAACUAAAGGAUGCGUUCAAACCGGUCAACAAUUGGGUUCUCAACGGUGUACAAUGGCUCGACGAGAUACAACAGUUCUACCGCGAGCGGAGUGCCAUUGAAAAGGAGUACGCCGCCAAACUAACGGCCCUUUGCAGAAAGUACCAUGAUCGCAAAGCCAAGAAGAUAAGCACACUGAGCGUCGGAGACACCCCCACCAUGACCCCAGGAUCCCUCGAAAGCGCUUCACUUACUACGUGGACUACCCACUUGACCGCUAUUGAAUCGCAUGCGGGAGAACGCGAUAAGUUCGCUACAGACCUCAUUGGCCAAGUGGCGGAGCCGCUAAAACAUGUUGCGACGCAAUAUGAGGAAAUCAGAAAGUGCCAUGUUGAGUUCCAUGCGAAAUUGGAGAAGGAAAGAGAAGCCUCUUAUGGUGAACUCAAGAAGGCAAAAGGCAAAUACGACGGAGCGUGCCAAGAAGUGGAGGGUAGGCGUAAAAAGAUGGAGAGUUCAUUCGAUCACAGCAAGCCCAAGGCGCAGGCUGCAUACCAGCAGCAGAUCUUGGACAUGAACAACGUCAAGAAUACGUACCUGAUCAGUAUAAACGUGACCAACAAGUUGAAGGAACGAUUCUACCAUGAAUAUGUCCCGGAGUUACUAGAUAGCUUGCAAAAUCUCAACGAAAUGCGCGUGUCAAAAUUAAAUUCGAUAUGGACCCUCGCAGGGCAACUAGAGAAAUCGUCUCUGUCUAAGAGUAUGGAACAUAUGACACAUCUACUCAACGAGAUCCCACGGAAUGUCCCACACCUUGAUUCGCUCAUGUUCUUGCGCCACAAUGUUAGCCAGUCCCAGGAACCGCCAAAUUUGGCCUUUGAGCCGAGCCCUAUCUGGCACGACGAUGAGGCGCUUGUCACUGAUGAGGCGGCUAAGGUGUUCUUGCGCAACCUGCUCAGCAAGAGUAAGACGCAGGUCCGGGAACUGAGGGUCGAGUCCGACCAGAAACGCCGAGAAGUUGAAGCCGCCAAGAGAGUCCGUGAGAGCAUCCAGCAAGGCAAAGACAACCGAAACGAGGUCGAUGUAGUUCGUUCUAUCUUCUUUUUACAGGGCGCUUCGCAUGAGGUGGAUCGUAAAAUGCUCACGGCGGAGGUAGAAACAUCAACCAUCAUGUCGGUAGUCGGUGAUCUAUCAUUAGGCGCCAAAAAUCACAACUUCAAAUCGCAAACCUUCAAGAUCCCAACCAACUGUGACCUUUGUGGGGAGCGGAUAUGGGGACUUUCGGCGAAGGGAUUUGACUGCCGGGAUUGCGGGUAUACAUGCCACAGUAAAUGUCAAAUGAAAGUACCCGCAGAGUGCCCUGGCGAACAGACGAAGGAAGAAAAGAAGAAACUCAAAGCGGAACGACAAGAGCAGGCCAAUGCUACACCACACCUCGAUCUGGAGCCGACAACUACAGGCUCAUCUGCCGCGCCGUCCCUUACUCGGAAAGAUACGAUGAACUCGUUGAGCUCUGGUUAUGCCGUCAGUGCCAACCGGUCACUAUCCAACGCUACUAGCCAGCCGCCUUUGGCCAGCCCGACUGAAUCCGCGCCUCCAGCCCCAGCUCCCGCGGCCGAACUGGCGGCAACCCCCGCCCCUGUUCAGGAGACUAAGCCAAAGCGGAAUAGGGUUUUGGCUCCCCCUCCAGCGCAAUACAUCAAGGCUCCGCCUGUCACCGAAUCGACGAAGCCAAACGAACCACGAGGGAAGAUGCUCUAUGCCUUCCAGGCUGGAGGAGCCGAUGAAGUAACUGUGCAAGAAGGUGAUGAUGUAGCGAUUCUUGAGCCAGAUGAUGGAUCUGGCUGGAUGCGGGUCCGCAUCGGCUCGUCCGAGGGCCUCGUCCCAGCCUCGUACGUCGAGGCGGCACCCGCGGCGCCCGCAACCCCUUCAGCCAGCAGCACCGGGUUCGCUGAGCGCCCCGGAUCCACCUAUUCCACCUCCUCUGCCUCAUUGGCAGGUAGUGGAGCAGGCAAGAAAAUUGGGCCCGCUGUGGCACCCCGUCGGGGAGCCAAGAAGCUGCAGUAUGUUGAAGCCUUGUACGACUACGAGGCCCGAAGCGACAUGGAAUGGGAUAUGGCUGAAGGCGACCGCUUUGUGCUGGUCAACCGAGAUGGCGGUGAUGGAUGGGCCGACGUGGAAAGAGGAGGAGUGAUCAAAAGCGUGCCAGCCAACUACAUCCAGCCGGUGUAGUUCCCGCCCCUUGUUAUCGUUAUACCAAGGGCCGCCAAACUCCGAUGCUGUACAGAUGUACACACGGAUACCUAUCGUUUUGUCUAUCAUUUGCAUUGGGAAGCAUGGAGCUUUGGUAUUCUUUUUCUGGAACGUUAGCGAUCUGCCUAUUGUUAGUCUUAUUGUUAUCGGGCCGCCGCGCAUCCUAGCAUAUCUCAAGUAGCGAGCAUUUUGCCUCGACUGUAUAGACGUUGGAAAUUUCUGAAUGAACAUACUGUCAAUGAAUGUUGACGGACCUAUGUACGUACUCUGAC